AGAGUUAUCAUUGGGAAUGAAAUUAGUGCUCGUCCUCAUUGCACGUACACUUUCAGUUCUGACGUGCAGCUCCCUGCAAAGGCUGCUGCAAGAUAUUUAGCUUAGGCGUCCGGCAGCAAUGCACACGCAAAUCAUAUGCUUUCAAGUGUUUAUCAUAUUCAUUUGCCUCUUUAAAGGCACUUGACACACGGCUCUGUACGCUGCACAAGGAAAUUUUGCUCUGCAGCACGUGGAUACAGCUUUGCUUCCGUUUUUUUUCUUCUAUUUGAACAUCUGUUUUUUUAUAAGGGGACUUUUGCAGGUUGUUUGAAGGAUGCAAAAAGCAUGUGCAGAUGGGAUGCAUCUGUUGGCAUCUGUUUUCUUCUCUGACCAUGAGGAUUUGGACGUGUUCAUCACCAGAAUGUGCGUUGCACCUCUGGGACGCAACAGAUUUCAGCUGCAAAAGCGCCGUUGUCUGCUGGGACCAAGACUUGGACCACGGUGCUGCAGCUGAGCCUCAGCCGCACAAGUUUGGACUCACGCAGCAAACAACUUGGCCGAUUACUUUCUUUUUGCUUCAUAUGCUGUGAUUUAAUAAGGAAAACACCAACGUACGCCAGUCGGAGCGCUGCUGCUGGUGCCAGUGCCAUGCUUUUCCAUUGGUUCCUGUUUACAUGAUGCCCACAGGACUCGCGGUGAUUGGUGGCCUCCUCGCACGUGACCAGACAACUUUGUACAUUUGACAGGGGGGAGUAGGAGGGUUUUGUGGAGAUCAGAAAAACGACAGCGCGAUAAAAAUUAGUAUUGUUGCACUUCACAAAUUAAUGACCAUGAGUUCCUACUUGAUAAACUCCAACUACAUCGAGCCUUCCUUCCCACCGUGCGACGAGUACCCGCAGAGCGGAUAUAUCCCCAGCCACGGCGACUACUACGAGCGGCCAAAGGAUACGGGCUUCCCCCACCACGACGAGCAAUCCUACCCGAGGUCGGGCUACGCGGAGACGGGCUACGAAUACGGCAGCGUCCCCUCGGUGGCCGCCGCCGCCGCUGCCGCGGCGGGACUCGACGAUUUUGGCGAUGGACACCACGCACAGCCGCAGCCGGUCCCACAGAGCCACGGCGCUCGCCUCUCCGCGGCGCCAGACGGGGGCGCAGGGGCAAACGGGAGCAAAGACUGCAGCCUCGCCGGUGAGGUGUAUCCCGGCGUUGCGAAGGGCAAGGAGCCGGUGGUCUACCCGUGGAUGAAGAAGGUCCACGUUAGCAGCGUCAACGCCAGUUACAAUGGAGGGGUGCCCAAGAGGUCCCGCACUGCCUACACCCGCCAGCAGGCUCUAGAGCUGGAGAAGGAGUUCCACUUCAACCGCUACCUGACUCGGCGCAGGCGGGUGGAGAUCGCGCACACCAUGUGCCUGUCCGAGCGCCAAGUCAAGAUCUGGUUCCAGAACCGCAGGAUGAAGUGGAAGAAGGAGCACAAGCUUCCCAACACAAAGAUCCGCUCAUCAUCCGGGUCGGCCUCUUCCUCAGCCUCCGGGGCCCAACAGCAGCAGCAGCAGCAGCAGCACCAACAACAACAGCAGAUCAAAACAGGCCAGCAGCUUGUCCCAACGCCGUGCACGGUUGGGCUAUAGUGUCCAGAAUAAGAAUCCCCCCCAUCACAUAAUCCAGACUGAGAUGGCGAACAACACAAAGUGGAAUUCGAUGGACCGAUUUUCAGUAUUUUACACUCAUGGUGUUAUAUCUCUGUAAGCUUGCACACAGGCCUGUGCCACGUCCUUUUUACACCCUUUCGUCCUCACCCGUCCUCAUAUAAGCUUGAAAAAAAAAAUCGCCUUUAUUUGCCACGGUGGCAACUAAAGGGUUUGUUUUUUAUUUUAACGGAAAGGAAGGAGAGAAAAAAAAAUAAACAAAGAAAGGAAAGAAAAAGAAAACGCAACGCACAUUCAGACGUGUAGGACUUGGAUCACAAAGUGUGUAUCAUCGCAGUUAAAAGUGAGUCAGGAGAAAG